AGGAGCGAGUCAGCCCCACACAGCAGCGUGUUCCUGGGAAUCGCAGCAUCUGGACUCAGGAGAGAUGACUCUUCCAGCUACCAGCUUCCCUGACCUCAACGCCACGGCGCCGUACGGCGACUAUGACGGCGCCAACGUUACGGGCUGUCCCAACCCGGAGGCCUGGGACUGGCUGGCCAGCGGAGCGCCGGUCUACAUCCUGGCCAUCAGCAUUCUGGGAAUCUUCUUCAACCUCUUCGUCCUGAUGGUCUUCAUCCUCCACAAGAAGCCCUGCACCGUGGCCGAGAUCUACCUGAGCAACCUGGCUGCUGCCGACCUGGUUCUGGUGUCCUGUCUGCCCUUCUGGGCCGUCAACAUUUACAAUCAGUACGACUGGCCUUUCGGUCAGUUCAUGUGCAAAGUCGUCAAUGUAGGCAUCAAGUUAAACGUCUACUGCAGCAUCUAUUUCCUGGUUCUGGUUGGCAUAGACCGGUAUGUGGCGCUGGUGCACGCUUUGUCGCAUGGUAGAAUGCGCAGGCCAAAGUAUGCUAAGCUAGGCUGCCUGCUAACAUGGGGCUUCGGCUUGUUGCUCAGCAUCCCAACAUUAAUCUUCAGAGAGGUGAGGCAUUUUCCUGAGUAUGGAGUUUACGCCUGCUACCUGGAAUACCCCAACCUGACCGUAGAGAUUCUCUACGACUGGAUGCUGCUGGUUCUCAGCUUCGUCAUUCCUGUUUCCAUCAUCUUGUUCUGCACUUUGAGGAUCAUCCGGGCGCUGAAGAAGCAGUCGAUAGAAAGGUUCAACGCUGAGAAGACAGAGCAGAAGGCCACCAUCUUGGUUCUGGUGGUCCUGCUGGCCUUCCUCCUCUGCUGGGUGCCGUUCCACCUCGUCACCAUCCUGAACAUCCUGGAGCGGGUCAAAGUCCUGGGAGGGUGCCAGCUGUCGUCCGCGCUGGACAUCUGCAACCAGAUCUUCACCUACCUGGGCUUCUUCAACAGCGUCCUGAACCCAGUGCUGUACGUCAUCGUCGGGAAGAACUUCAGGAAGAAAGUUCAGGAACUCGUGAACCAGUGGAGCAUCAAGAGAAGGAUAACGUCUGAGUCCACUCGCUCCAAUUUAUCCUCCACACUCAAGACGUUAGUGUGAAACCAAACGACGAACUGCUCAGCAGAGAUGUAAAUAUGUGUUCAUAUGAUAAUAAAGUGUAUACGGUUUUAAUGUUACUUGUAGAAAAUUGUUGCAUUUCAAAGCCAAAUCUUGUUUUACUAUUAUAAACUACAAAGUAUAAGCUAUUUUUCAUUACUGUUGAGUCAUUUUUAAUUGAAAAUGUGUUCAUGUGCUGCAAAUAUGGAAGUAACUUAGAUGAAGUGAAUGGUUUCUGUGAAAUGUAAAAAAGCUUUCCAUACUCAGUUUUAGAGAGUAGUGAGUGAAAACCUAAUAAAGUUGCUUUUCUCAUUGACAAA